AUGCCCCCAUUGCCACGAGGAUCCCGGUCCCGCUCCGAUGCCGGUCCCAAUCCCGCUCCGAUUCUGAUCCCGCUCCCGCUCCCGCUCCCGAUAGCGAUAGCGAUCCCGAUCCCGGUCCCGGUCCCGCUCCCCAUCCCUCAGCCCGGGCAGCGCCCCCUAGCGGCACACGAGCCCCGGGCACACAGCCGCGCGACUCCCCCCUCAGCCCCGCCCCCUCUCCGCGGAUUGGUCGGCGCGGCCGAGGAGCACGGCGAAGCCCCGCCCCGUCCCGCGGCGCCCCCUGCGGGCCCCGCGGCGCCUGCGCAGCGGCGCCGGCCGUUGUUGUGGAGGGGCCGGUCAAGAUGGCGGCCGGGCAGGGGGCGGCUGCGGCAACAACGGCGCGGGCAGCGGGACCGGGACGGCGCCCGGGAGCGGAGCGGCGGGGCUCGGCAUCCCCGCGCACCUGACUCUCUCCUUCUCGUCCGGGCCGCACUGGGGCGCGGCAGCUCUGCCGCAGUCGCACACGGUGCGCAGCCUGGAGCGGGCCCUGGAGGAGGCAGGCAGCUCGGGCAUCCUGUGCCUGAGCGGGAGGAAGCUGCGCGACUUCCCCGGCAGCGGCUGCGACCUGAGCGACACCACGCAAGCAGGGCACCUCACACUGGCUACCGAGAAGCUCUUCCUUCGGGGACACUGAGCAUGGGGGAGCCUGCCAAGAAACACUGUGAAGUUGACCCUGUUGGACAAGGCUUUUUACCUUGUUGAUGAAGAUCUCUGGUUGGUGAUGGAGUACAUGGAUGGAGGAAAAUCACAAGAUGUUGUUAGACAGACGUGUCUGGCUGAGGAGGGAUGGCAGCUGUCAGCCGUGAGUAUCUACAAGCCCUGGAUUUCCUUCAUUCGAACCAGGUGAUCCACAGAGAUCUGAAAAGCUCCAGCAUCCUUCUGGGAAUGGACAGCACUGUCAGGUGGUCUGACCACUGUCAAGGGCAGGUAUCCUUGGUUAGGCACAGCGUUUCUGGGAUGUGGGUGUGGGGCUGCUUCCCAUUGACAGCCAGUUCCCCAGAACUGGUGCUGGUGGAAGUCCCCAGACCCUGCUGCCAGCUGGGAGCAGCUGCAGUGUGCAGAGAGAUCUGCAGAGGAGCAGGUUGUCAAGAGGGGCUUUGCUGUGUGUAUGUCCCUUCUAGAGGGGAGUGUGCUAAAAUCUAGAGCUUCAAGUGAAUAAAUAAAAGCCAUUGCCUGAAACCUGAGAGUAUCUUUAAGUGGCCAGUUGCAUAUUUCCUUGGCUAUAGCCCUGAGGACUUCUGCAGCUGGAUUCAGUAGAGCAUUCUCAACUUAGAGCUGGGAAUUAUUUUUCUUGGAUUUUUAAUUUCAGCUAAUUAUGACAAUGUUUGAUUUUGGCUUCUGCACUUAGCUGACCCCUGAGCAGGAUCAACAGAGCUCCAUGGUAGGCACUGCUCACCAGAUGGCCCCAGAGGUUGUCAGUGGUUCUCCUUAUGGCCCCAAGGUAGACAUCUGGUCCUUUGGAGGGACAGUGACCCAACAGUGGGUGGAAGGAGAACUUCCUUACUUCAAGUAAACUGUGACCAUGGUAAGAGGCAGAUGUUGAAGUGUUUGCUAGGCCUGUGUGCACAGGGGUGGCUCUGCACUGGGAUGAGCCACUGGAUGCUUGUGCACAUGGUGGAAGGGAAUUCCCAGAGGACUCACUGAAAUUGGCUGUCAGGGCAAGCUCAUUUGCAUGCAGCUGUGGCGUCAAGGUUUGGGUUUUACUGUUGGUACAGAAAAAUUAUCUCUGAGCAGCAUCUCUGCCCAGGAGGACACUUGCCCUGGAGCCUGGGGCUCAAAACCUGGGGUUGCUGUGAGCAGCUGUGGGUGUGAAGGGAACUGGUGCAGUGCUGUGUUGGCUUUUCCCCAGGCUCACGCUCUGAUCAGGCAGAACAGGUCCUGCAGCUGUAGGCCCAGGCUGUGGGCUUUGCUGCAGGACUUCCUCAGCACAGCCUGGAGCUGGGCAAGGAGCAGUGCUGCUCUGCCUGGGAGCUGCUGCAGGUGGCUGCAGGGCAAACAGCAGCACAAGGGAGGGGUUUUUUUUGUCGGGCCCCCAUCCUGUAAUCUGCAGUCUUGGUGCUUUUCUAAUGGAGAGCAAGCAGAAUUGUAGACUGGUUUGGGUUGGCAGAGGCGUCUCAAGGACAUCUGGGCCAGGUGCCCCAUAGUGAGCAGGGCCAUCUUCAAGCAGAUCAGGUUGUUCACAACCCUGCCUGAGCUGACCUUGAAUGAUUGCAGGGGUGAGGCACCUUCCACAUCUCUGGACAACUUCCGUCAAUGUAAGCCCACUGUCCUCACAUUUUAUCUGAGUCUGCUGACCCUCCCUUGAGUUUAAAACCACUCUCCCUUGUCCUAUUCCAACAGGGCCUGUAAGGAACUUGAGUUUGGAAAGUAAUGCUUCAUUUCUUUAGUUUUUAUUCUUUGGGCGGCAUCCAUUUUUAUCAUCAGCCAAGCCUCUCUCUAGCCUGACACCUCUGAUCACUGCAGCAAAGCAGUUGAGGAGCGGCAGACGCAGCGCUAGAAGACAGCUUUUUGUUUGGCUAAUUAGGUUAAUUAGUUUGAUAUGGUAGUUAGGACAGCUAGUUUUUUAUGCUAGCUAAGAAAGCUAAUUGUGGUAGUUAGGACAGCUAGAUUUUUAUGCUAACUAGGACAACUAGAUUGUUAUGCUGGCUAGAAUAACUAGUUUUUUAUGCUUGUUUUUUGAAUAAAAGCUCUGUUAAACCUCAA